AAACAAAGCAAACAGACGCCAAUGUCUCCGGAGCACUCAGGAUUUCCAAAGUUAAAUAUAAUAGUUGUAGUCCUUAAACCAAAGGAGCCUGUGAAGUCCGUGACGCCGCGUUCUUUAAAAAAACAUGGCGCGUUUGAAGGAGAAAAAGGCCAGAGGCAGAGAGAAACAGAGGGUCCCUGUGAAAUUAAAGCGAGUGAUGGUCCUGACUCCUGAUGCAGGCUUCCGUCACUGCCAACCAGGCAACCACCGUCUCGUACUCUCUCCACGCUCUUAAAGUUAUUGAUCUAGAGAGACAAAGGAGCACGAAGCACGUUCUAAAAGAUAGAUAGCGAGAGAACGCCAAUCAAGCUUUUUCGACGGCUUUUCUUUUUCUUUUUUCUUUUUUUUUGUUUUCUUUUGUUGUUUCGAGAAUGGAAGAUGGGGAGUGGGUUCUGGUGAGGCCACCCACAGAAAUCGAAUGCUGGAGCCCCGGAUGGGGCGGGGGCGAGGAUGAGGGCGGCUCCUCUGACCCGCUCAAGGUUAGAUUUUUUGGACCGGCCAAGCACUGGACCGACGCUCUUCCCAUCGGUAAUGGCCGCCUCGGGGCUAUGGUCUGGGGCGGCGUCGCAUCGGAGACGCUUCAGCUUAAUGAGGGCACCCUUUGGACUGGGACUCCUGGAAACUACACAAACCCAGAUGCUCCAAAAGCGCUAUCAGAAGUCAGAAAACUUGUUGAUAAUGGUGACUAUGUUGCAGCUACUGAAGCAGCAGUCAAGUUGUCAGGGAAUCCUUCCGAUGUUUAUCAGCUUCUAGGUGAUAUUAAUCUAGAAUUUGAGGAUUCUCAUCUUGCAUAUGCUGAAGAAACAUACAGUAGAGAGCUAGACUUGGAUACUGCAACAGUAACGAUAAAAUAUUCUGUGGGUGAUGUAGAGUACACUAGAGAGCAUUUUGCCUCUUAUCCAGAUCAGGUGAUUGUGACGAAGAUCUCUGGAAGCAAACCAGGGUCAGUUUCUUUUACAGUAUCACUAGACAGCAAGUCACAUCAUCAUUCAAACUCAAGUGGCAAAAGUCAGAUUAUUAUGGAAGGAAGUUGUCCUGGUAAAAGAAUUCCACCAAAAGUGUAUGAAAAUGAUAACCCACAGGGAAUUCUGUUUUCUGCUGUCCUUGAUUUACAAAUUAGUGAUGGCAGGGGAGUGAUAAAUGUUUUGGAUGAUAAGAAACUGAAGGUUGAAGGUUCAGAUUGGGCUGUUUUGUAUCUGGUGGCAUCGUCUUCAUUUGACGGUCCAUUCACUAAGCCUAUAGACUCUAAAAUAAAUCCUACUUCAGAGGCUCUCAGUACAUUGAAGUCAAUAGGAAACUUUUCAUAUUCUGAUCUUUAUGCACGCCAUUUGAAUGACUAUCAAAACCUUUUUCAUCGAGUUUCACUACAGCUUUCAAAAAGUUCCAAAAGUGUUAUGAGUGAUGGGUCUCUGGAAAUGAAGAAACCUAUGUCCUCCAGGACUGGUUUGUAUUUGAAAGGAAGUGAAGACAGAGUUUCAACUGCAGCCAGGGUGAAAUCUUUUGGAACUGAUGAAGAUCCUUCAUUAGUGGAGCUUCUGUUCCAGUAUGGUCGAUAUUUGCUCAUCUCUUGUUCUCGACCUGGAAGUCAGCCGGCAAACCUACAGGGAAUUUGGAACAAGGAUAUUGAGCCAGCAUGGGAUGGGGCUCCUCACUUGAACAUAAAUCUUCAAAUGAAUUACUGGCCUUCCCUUCCAUGCAACCUUAGCGAGUGCCAAGAACCUUUAUUUGAUUACAUGUCCUCUCUUUCAAUCAAUGGGAGUAAAACUGCAAAAGUGAACUACGAAGCUAGUGGUUGGGUUACACAUCAAGUGUCUGAUAUAUGGGCAAAAACAUCACCAGAUCGAGGCCAGGCUGUGUGGGCAUUAUGGCCAAUGGGUGGAGCUUGGCUUUGUACCCAUCUAUGGGAACAUUAUACUUUCACAAUGGACAAGGAUUUUCUGAAAAAUAAGGCAUAUCCCUUACUAGAAGGAUGUGCAAGAUUUCUCUUGGACUGGUUGAUUGAAGGACGUGGAGGAUAUCUGGAAACCAAUCCAUCAACUUCUCCAGAACAUAUGUUUAUUGCUCCAGAUGGUAAGCCUGCUAGUGUGAGCUACUCAACAACCAUGGACAUUGCAAUCAUAAGAGAAGUUUUCUCCGCAGUAGUUUCUGCUGCUGAGGUGCUGGGAAAAAAUGAGGAUGAGCUCGUUCAGAAAGUCCGUCAAGCUCAACCAAAACUUCCUCCAACAAAAAUUGCUAGAGAUGGUUCCAUUAUGGAAUGGGCACAAGAUUUUGAGGACCCAGAGGUGCAUCAUCGACAUGUAUCCCAUCUAUUUGGCCUAUAUCCAGGGCACACAAUAACAGUAGAGAAAACCCCGGACCUUUGUAAAGCUGUGGACUAUACCCUCUAUAAAAGAGGGGAGGACGGUCCAGGAUGGUCAACUACAUGGAAAACAGCUCUGUGGGCACGUCUCCACAACAGUGAGCAUGCAUAUAGGAUGGUCAAGCAUUUAUUUGACCUGGUGGAUCCUGCUCGUGAAGCUGAUUUUGAAGGUGGACUAUACAGUAACUUGUUUACUGCACAUCCUCCUUUCCAGAUUGAUGCCAACUUCGGUUUCUGUGCAGCAGUUGCAGAAAUGAUUGUUCAGAGCACCUCAAAAGACCUCUAUUUGCUCCCUGCUCUUCCCCGGGACAAAUGGGCGAAUGGUUGUGUCAAAGGAUUGAAGGCACGUGGUGGUGUUACAGUCAAUGUAUGCUGGAAAGAAGGAGAACUUCACCAGAUUGGGGUGUGGUCAAAAGACCAGAAUUCUACUAGAAGAUUACAUUAUAGAGGAAGUAUAGUAACAGCGAAAAUGUUGGCUGGCAGAGUCUACACAUUCGAUAGGCAGUUAAAAUGUGUGAAAACAUACACACUCUGAGGAGAAAGAGGCUUUCUUGAUGAGCAUUGGUUUCAUAUUUCCAAAUAAAACCUGCAAAGCAGUUUGGUUUCCUUUCUGUUAAUUUCUUUUGGUUUUCUCCCCCCAAUUCUCUUACUUCGUGUGAUUUCUUUGGGAGUUUGUUAAAGAAUUUUGUGAGACCUUUUAUCUUAUGACAGUUGAUUGUUGUAUUUUCUUUGAAAAUUCAUCACUAAAGUCUAAAUCCAUUUGUGACGGCCUGUUUUUCUUUCA